UUAGACAAUUUAAGAAAUAGUUUUGAUGUUCACACAACAAGGAAGGAAGUCAUCAGAAAUCUUUGGAUUAAGAAAAAGCUUCAAAAAAGAUAUUCAUUGGAACUUUUCUCAACAAUAGUUUACAACUUUAUUGAAUUAAUUGUUUCUUUGUAUUAAUAGUUUCUCAUUCUCAAACAUUUCAGCAAGAAUGCCCGAAGAAUACCAAAAAAAGAAAGGCAAACCUCGUGGAGUUUCGAAUCGUAAUCUUGGUCUUGAGUGGACAAGAAAACAUGCAACUGAUGGAGCAUUUUACUUUGCUGAUGAUGACAACACGUACGAUCCUGAGUUGUUUGAAGAAAUACGAAAAACUGUCAAUGUUUCAAUGUUCCCCGUUGGGGUUUGUACACGAUACCAAGUUUCGUCACCGAUCAUUCGUGAUGGCAAGAUUAUUGACUUUUAUGAUGGAUGGAAAGCUGGUCGGAAGUUUCCCGUUGACAUGGCAGGUUUCGCAGUUGGCGUAAAGUUUUUUUUGUCACGUCCAAAUGCAACAAUGGCAUAUGUACAAGGAAGAGAAGAAGAAGAUUUUCUUAGAAGCUUAGAUCCAUUAGAAAUGUCUGAUAUAGAGUUGCUGGCAUCAAACUGUACAAAGAUUUUGGUUUGGCACACACGAACAGAAAGGAACGCUCAGGCACCAGCUAUUGAUGUGAAAUAUAACGACACAAACUUGGUAGAGUUAAGAAAAAUUCUCGUAUGAGAGUUAAGUUUUGAAGAUACAUAUUUAGAUGUAAUCGCAAUUAAAACACUUUUGAAUGUUUCAUCUGUUUAAAUAGUUGUUUAAUUGUGUAUAUGUGAGUUUCCAAAACUGUUCUUAUGUCUUCGUAACAUAUGCGCUUACUCACCAAGUUCUCAGUUGAGAAAUAAGUCUCAAAAAUUAGAGUCACUAAAAGCUAUGCAAAAUUUAAUUAUAUCUGAAAUAAAUAUUCUAUGUUUUCAAAUUUUAACCAUGCUGCGUAAUCGCUGAAUUCAAAGUUUUGUCAAAUUUUCAAUUUAAAAUAAAAUAUGUGAAUAAAAAUAAAUUUAAAAUGCAAA